AUGCCGCCCAUCUACUGGGAUACCUUCUUUGCUUCAUCAAUGCACAUGGCUCAUUCACAACCAAAGUCUCGGAGACCAAAAAGAACACGAUCAUGCGAUGAGAUGGAUGGCCAAAUAAACCAGAGCAAAAGAUCCAGAACAAACAAUACCACCAACAAUGGCAGUAAUAACAACAGUAUAUAUUUACAAGAGCCAGAAGAACGACAUUUUACUGAAGCACAACGGACAGAAAAUUAUAGACAACCACCAUUGAUAUUAGAACAGCAACACCAAGAAGGAGAAGAUGACGAUGCACAGCGGCACUCACAGUUACAGUUACAGCUACAGCUACACUUACAGCAGCAACAAGAAGCACAGCAGCACUUACAGUCGCAGUUACAGGAACAGGAACAGGAACAGGAACAGGAACACGAACAGGAACAGGAACGCCAAAUUCAUAAUCACCAACACUACCAUCAUUCACAAUCAACAAACAAUCAAGGUCGAUUAACUCAACAACAACAACAACAACAACAUGCUCUACAUCACCGAAUACAGCAAUUGCAACAAGAACAAAGCCAAAACUAUCUUCAAUCUACUUCUAGCUCCUUUCAACCACCCAUACUAAAAUCAUUUGUCAUCUCCACACGACAUACUCCUCCAAACACCGCAUACCGUGAGAUGAAUGAAUUAUUGCACACAACGCAUGUACUGCGCCAUGGAGAUGAGACACGCGAACGUUGUUGGGUUGACAAGAUGGAUGAUGAGAUGAGUGAUGUAGAAUCAUCUUAUGAGGAUAUCAAUAGUGUUCUUCGUCAAGCGUUCUUACAGCGUCAUCAUUAAAUGAAGAAAUGAAGAAAUGAAAAAUGAAAAAUG